UAUCUUCAUAUUGUACUGUCUUUGGUUUGGAGCAUGGAGUGUGUAAACAAGAUGGAGGCGUUUCUGACAUCCAGCACUUCUACAUGGGCAAUCGAUGAUAUCGGUCAAGUAGCAUACAAGAUCUGAGGAUCCCUGCAACGAUUCAUUGACGCUGGCAGACCAGUUUUGCAGUCUUGGCAAGUACCCCGGAUUUAUUCGGUACAUGGGAUGGAGGUAGAAAAUUAGAUCCGCUAAACAUUGUAGAAGAACUCAAUGAAAAUCAUAUACCUGAUUCACAAUUAAGUUGCCCACAACAUGACAUUCACCAAGAACCAAAGAAAGCUGCACACAUCACAACACCGCAGGUCCCAGGUGUCACAAGGACACGGCUAAGGAGGGAAUAGGCCUAUAUCAUCAGAGAACAAAGAACCAAACCAUUCCCUCAUACCAUAACCAGACAUUGUAAUAUUGGACAGUACCCAAACCCAGUCCACUCACUCCUUUGCUCAAGCAGUGCUGCAUGGUCAGCAGGUUAAGAGGAACAUUCUGUAGCCUUUCUGCAGUUGCAGCGUCCUGCAUUUCAAUAUUCAGUAUUGGAAUAUUUUUCUUGCAAUUUCGUACAGUCCGACCCAGGGCAUCCAGAAACAAACAGUACAGUAGUAUUAAAGAACAGUCAAGUUGCUGAAGGGGCAACCAUGAAUGACGAGGACAUCCAUGAACACAUGGACUAUUUGGAGAAUGACUUGACCAUGUGCAUGGAAACCUUCAUCCACCGCAUCGACUCCACUGAAGUCAUCUACGAGCCGCGGAGGAAGAAGGCCAAGCUGAUUGGGAAGUACCUGAUGGGAGACCUGCUGGGGGAGGGCUCCUACGGGAAGGUGAAGGAGAUGCUGGACUCUGAGACCCUCUGCAGGAGGGCAGUCAAGAUCCUCAAGAAGAAGAAGCUGAGACGCAUCCCCAAUGGGGAGCAAAAUGUAAAAAAAGAGAUUCAGCUGCUACGAAGAUUAAGGCACAAGAAUAUUAUCCAGUUGGUUGAAGUUUUGUAUAAUGAGGAGAAGCAAAAGAUGUAUAUGGUGAUGGAAUAUUGUGUAUGUGGAAUGCAGGAGAUGUUGGACAGUGUUGAUGAGAAAAGGUUUCCAGUCUUUCAAGCUCAUGGGUACUUUUGCCAGCUGCUAGAUGGCUUGGAAUAUUUGCACAGCCAAGGAAUAGUUCACAAAGAUAUUAAACCAGGGAAUCUACUGCUGACGACGGAUGGCGCACUAAGAAUCUCCGACCUGGGUGUAGCAGAGGCGCUGCACCCAUUUGCAGAGGACGACACGUGUUGUACGAGCCAGGGCUCUCCGGCCUUCCAGCCCCCAGAGAUUGCCAACGGCCUGGACACCUUCUCAGGGUUCAAAGUGGACAUCUGGUCUGCUGGUGUCACACUUUAUAACAUAACAACCAGCCUGUACCCUUUCGAAGGUGACAACAUCUAUAAGCUGUUUGAGAACAUUGGGAAGGGAGACUACAGUGUUCCAGAGGAGUGUGGCCCUCUGCUCUCUGGCCUGUUAAGAGGAAUGCUUGAGUAUGACCCUGAGAAGAGGUUCUCAAUACAAAACAUUAGACAACACAACUGGGUAAGGAAGAAACACCCUGCAACGGAGCCUCUGGUGCCCAUGCCCCCUAGUGCUGAUCGGAAGGACGCGUGGCGUAGCAUGACCGUACUGCCCUACCUGGAGCACCUGCACGGCUAUGCCGACCAGGACGACGAGGAUGACGACGAACUCUUCUACGGAGACGGAGAGAUCAUCUACUCUCAGGGUUUCACUAUGACAGGUCGGGUGCAUGAGGAUGGGCUGGAGCAGAACGGGCACCAGGGGGGUUGUGUGGGGCCGGGGCUGGGGCUGGGGCUCAGGACCCUAUGUGUGAACGGCACGGAGACAGACCAGGACCACUACCCAACCACCAGCAGGACCAGGUCUCGAUCAGAACGCCUCUCCUCCUCCUCCUCCUCCAACCCCUCACGCAAAGGAGUGUCCACCUACAGCCGCAUCCGCAAGCUGUCCAACUGCAAGCAGCAAUGAGGGCAGCCCCUGGACCCCCAGCCCUGAACACAUAUACUGGACAGGUUUGUGUUCUCUAUUUUCCGGCUCCCUGACGUUUGGGUGAUGAAUGUUUUGACAGCCUGGUCUGCAGCAUGCAAUAACAGGACAUGAUGCACUACAGUGGUUUAUUUCACUAGUUAUUUUCUGUCUGACAACGUGAUGAUGUAAGUGAAGAGGCUAGGACUUACCCCCUUCUGCAAAUCAUACUGGGAAUCCCACCCCUCACUGUAUGAAUGUAGCUCGUUUUAGACUACUACACUGUUUCUCCUACAGUUACUCUGUAUUAAAGCGCACAUUGUGAUGUGUAUUGAAUGACAUGGAUCAUUUCAAUAAACUACAAUAUUUGUAACGGUAAUAAGUAUGGUCAUUUAAUAAAAAAUGCAUUAACGGCAUAUACAGGCUAAAGGAAAGGGAACUAUAGACAAGCCAAGGAUGCAGAACUAUUCAAGAAUGUCUUUGCUUGAGAUUUUUUUGCAUCUUUAGUUUUGUUUUGGUGUUUUAGUCCCCAAAUGGGUUUUAAUGAUUAUUUAUAUAAAAUGCACCCCAACCUCACCAGCUGUUUGUUCUGUGAUGUUCUCUUUUAUUUGUGGCUGUAUUAUAAAUAAAUGUAUCUUGUCAAUCAAACAAUAGGCAGUGUGAAACUUUAUGACCGACUCGUCCCCAGGCUCAAUUGUUAGGUUCUGAGAGCGAGCCAGUUGAUAAACUGACAUUUCACUGAGAUUGAUCAGUUCUGUAACUAAUUUUGUUUGGUUUUUCUAAGAAGUGGUAAUCUGUUCUAUGUGUGCUCUUCCUAUGCUUCCCGUUGAGUUUCCUUUCUGCGUCUUUUACUUUCGGUUUUGUACACCAGCUGAAAACACUAUUUGGUACAAUGAUUGAUUCUCUACGCUAUACUUGCUUGUUUGUCACAUAUCUAAAAUUAGGCGAACUAUUAUAAUUUUUGCAACCAGGAAAUGACCAUUUCUGCAUAGUGCAUCUUAAAGGAACAUCCUGUAUUUGCUCAUGCUAGUGUGCUGCUGCAGUCAAACCUGCAGGUUCCUCUGGCACUACAACGCUAUACUGCAGAUUGCUUCACCUUGACUUUGAUGUAUUAUUCUGAUUGGUGUAUUGGCUGGUGGGAGGGUUGGCUGCAGCCUACUUUGAUAAGAUGAUCUGUGGCUCCUGCUGUGAUGGGCUUGUUUUAGUGGAGCUGGCCUUGCCACUAUUGAUCUGGACUGUCAAACCUUGUACUGAACAGGACCAUCCCUGAGAGUGAUGUUCACACAGACCAAAAAGGCUACCCCUACCCCAACACUGCAUCUUUUAUAAAUCCAAGGGCAAAAGCGAACAGAAGUCAUAGCUUUGCUGCAGGUUGGUAAAUAAAUCCACAGGGUAUUAGUGGUUGAUCAUAGCAAUAUUGGAGUAAAGCUAUUGGGGAAUCUGAUGGAAUGUUGGCAUUUUUUAUAUUUCAUUUUAUAUUUCAUUUUGUCAUAUUUGCUGAUGUGGUGUUGGUGAUGCAGUUCAUAUGGAGGUUGAGACUGCUGUCCUACUUUCACUCUGCUUUGCAAUCGAUUGGGAACCCUAAUCACUGUGAAGUCAUUCAUUGAUGUGCAUGGGCUCUGGUGCAUAUUAACAGCUCCACACACUGUCAGACCCUCAACACCUGAAAUGAACAACACAUGGAGUGGGAUGGAGAAGAGGGAGGAUAGUGUUGCAGUCCCCUUGUCUUCCUCUUCUUCCCACUCUUUUGCUUUUGAGUACCAUUAAAAAGUAAAUAUGAGACACAA